GUUCUCAUUCGCAGUCCAGCACUCGGCUCGGUCGGUCGUGUAUUCUCCGCUUCGUUCGUUCGGUGUUUGAGUUUACGGUUUUCUUUUCUUUCCACUUUCACGAGACGCGGCAGCAGAUUUUCCACGGGAUUGUCCGCGGAUUGUGUUUGGUUCGGUGUUUUGAUUUUGCUCGGCACGGAUACGGAAACUGGAUACGGAGCUGGUUUGGAGCUGAAGAUUUUCAUGGGUAGACGGAGAUAACAGCACUAGAAGCCGUUUGCCAGAGUGGGACGGGUGAGAGAGUCCGAGAAGCAAGUGAAUCGAGAGAUCACGGAAAGGGGUCUUUCAGGGAUGAGGGCGCCCUCCCCCCUAGGCACACGAUGGCCAACGUCAGCCCGAAAAGGUUCUCCGAGGAGGCCGAAGCGGCCGUCUCGGUGCUGCGCGCGAUCGUGACCUCGAAAAAGGGCGCGUCCACCGUGCACAGCGUGCUGGCCGAUUUCCGCGAGCUCGAGGGUGGCCCGCUGAUGUACAAAAAGUUUGGCUUUCCCAACGCGGACGAGUUCCUGAAGGCCACCGGCGCGUUUGUCGUGCAGAGCCGAAUGGGCGAGUCGGUGGUAUUUGCGAAGCAUUCUGCGGCCUCGGCGCACAUCCAGAAAAUGGUGUCGGCCCAGCGCAGCACCAAAACCAGAAAGUCCGGAUUUGCCGUUCUGCGGCAGCCGCAGAAGAGAACCGGUGGCAGCAGCUGGAACCCGAGCGCGUACAGUAAAAUGUACCCUCGGGUGCCGUACCCGGCCCAGAAAAAGUACCCACAGCAGCAGCAAUACUCGUCCUACCAGCGAAACAACGUCAAUCCGAGUCCCAAGCAGUUCUUCCCGCCGGGAUCGGCAAAAUACUCGUUCAACAGCCAACCCAAGCCGCUCAUGUCGCUGAAGAUAGCCCCACCAGCGCAGCAAAGCACUCCGGUUAACCGGCCUGAGGCAAACAACAACAGUUCAGCGGCCAAGAACCUGAACCGGGCCACCCAGGGCCAGGGACCACUCCCGAACAACGAUCUCCGGCACAGAAUCAACAACGACAGGGCACCUCCCCCGCAGCAGAGGCAGCUGUCCUCCCUAGAACUAAAAAACCGUACUAACCAACACCAACAGCAGGACCUCCAGUCUCCAACUCACGUCAUCAACAAGGACGCCCUCCAGAAAACCAUCUACGACGCUCUGGCCAGCAACCAGGCCUUCAACGCACCACGGAGCGUCAACGCGCGGCUCAGCACGGACGUCGUCCGAACAUCGGAACCCGUCAAACCAUUCGAGGCAUCGCCCAAUGGUGUCGGACAGCCGCGCCAGGAAUUCAGUCGACCGGUUCGACCGGCUGCUGCUUCCCAGCAGCCGUUAAUUCUGGCGCCUCCCUCGACUCCCGUGGUGCCGCUGCCGACACUUCCCGGCAAGAAGUCGCUUCAGGAACGCCUCAAAAUCAACCAGCAAGUGGACAGCGUCGAUCUGGAGAAGGCCGCCAAGGUUGUCGCUCCGCAGACGUCACCACCGCGGGCGCCAGAACUAUCGCAGCAGACCUCUGUGUCGUCGCAGCCGGUAACACCGCCCGCAACCAACGUGGUGAACGCGGCGAAAGAGCCCUUCCAGUGGAACGACCCGAACGCGACGCCGGUCGAACUGCUGGUUCAGUACGCGCAGCACAACGGGUUCAGUCGGCCGAUUUACAAGUAUCUCCGCCUGAAGAACCAGCGCUUCCAGUGUCGCGUUACGGUGAACGGGUCGACGUACUCCACGUACCCGGCGGAUUACGCGAACGAGUUCGAGUGCCAGUUUGCGGCGGCACGAACCGCCAUCGAGAACAUCAAGCGAGAAAGCGAGCGGAACAACUACUCCGUGUGCCUGUGGACGGACUACGAGAUAGCGGUUAAGCUUUACGAGCUGUUGCUAAACUGCCCAAGCGGCAUGUUCAGCAAGAACAUCCCGGACGCGUUCCUGGAGGCGCACCAGUCGCUGCUGCCCGACCAGUGGGAGUCGGAGAUAAUGCUGGCGAGACCGCGGAUGUUCUACAAGGAAGAAGUAAGCCAAGCGUCGAUCUACUUUGCCGUCGCCGGUGAAAAUGGGUCGUCCGAAUCGGACGGUUCCAUCACUUCAGAGGCCAAGAUUAUGUCGGUCAAUUUGGUCGAGCUGCCGUGGGAAAAGACGUACUGGGACAUUUACGUGACCGCUCCGGUCUCGACGGUUGAAGUGUGGGCUCGGCUGGUCGGUCCAAAGCACAGCGACCGGAUGGACGCUCUGAGUACGGAGAUUGAGCUGGAGAUGAUGGACCUGAAGAACCAGCAAAAACCGAAAAGCGUUAAAAGCGGCGAGUUCUAUCUAUUGCUGAUCAUGGACUGCUGGCAUCGAAUCCGUGUCGAUGAAGUGGACUACGAGUCCAAUACGGCGAUGUGCUUCUUCAUUGACACCGGUGACCAGGAGACGGUGGCGCUCGACACAAUCUACGUGUGCGAUUCGCGGUAUCUGGAACUGCCAGCCCAAUCCGUGUGCUUCACACUGGACAAGCUCGAAGAUUUCGGCGAGAAUCCAAACGCGAAACCGCAUUUGGACAAUCUGAUUUGCGGCAAGGUUUCAAUUGGCCAGAUUCUUACGACGAAAGAAGAGUACGACAAGUUCGACACGAUCAAAAUAAUGCUGUACGACACGAGUACAGACGAAGACGUCAAUCUUAACGAGAUUCUGCUGGAGCACAUUUGCGCGGACACUCCUGUGCCCGAGCUGCAACGGAACGGUGUGACGACGGUGACGAUAGUCUUUGUGGACGACGAAGGGAAUGUCUACUGCCAGCUCAAGGACACCGCGAUGGUGUACAUUCAGAAGCUAAUCAACAACCUGGUCGAGAACGGUGCCCUCGAUAACCACCACCGUGGGUUGUACAAAACGUCCGGCGAGCAUCAGCUGUACCUGGUCCGGGACGAAGAAGAUCACAAGUACUACCGGGCGGCGAAAGAGUCCAAGGGAGCGGGUUCGACCGUUUCCGUUCUGUACAUUGACUACGGAAUAAGGAAAACGGUCCAAUCGGUCAACUUGUACCGGCUACAAGCACUGAGUGCGGCGCUGUCCCGUUACCCGGCCCAAGCAAUCCGCACCAAGCUGUUUGACCUGCCAGAAAUGAACGAAUACCUGCUGAGCAGGCUGCGUGCGUUGCUGAAGCCGGGUGAGACGGCGAUGGUCAAAGUGGCCGCCAUGUCCUCCGUGGUACCGCUGGUCAAGGUACACAUGCAUUACGGCGAGAACCACAUUCUGGUCUGUUUGAACGACAGCAUCCGCGCGGAAAUGGAGCUUGAGAUCAACUCGGAGGAGGUGAUCUGCGAUCCGCGAGUUGCGGCGAACGAUGUCAACAGCAGCUUCAGCUCAACAGCCAGCUCCGCAAGAACCCAGUUCAGCAGCCCCGUCCCAUCCCAGGUGGUGCCCCGGCUGACCAAGUGUCCGCUGCCACGCGUCGGCGACCUGUUCGACGUGACCGUGACGAUCGCGUCCAGCCCGAACUACUUUAUCGUGCAGCCGUACCGGCACGCCAAGGAGCUCAACACGCUGAUGGUGGACCUGCAGACGUACUGCAAAGGCACCGGCGCUCAGAUGGUGCCGCCGGACAGCGUUAAACAGGGUGAGGUGUACGCCGGGUUCGACAGUGACGACGGGAAUUGGUACCGAGUCUUGGUGGUCAACAUCCUGUGCGGACCCACGCUGAUCCACGUGUACUUUUGUGACUUUGGUCAGAUCAAGAUGCUGGACAGCAAAAUGUUGCGGGUUCUGCCACAGCAGCUUCGGCAUCUGCUUCCGCAGCAAGCGGUCAAGGCCAAACUUUACGGAGUUCAACCGCGCCACGGUGACUGGAGCACCGAGGACGCGGUCCGAUUUCAGCAGCUGACGGAGGGUAAGAAGUUUGCCAGCUACAUUCGCAGCAUCCAGGCGGACGAGUUCAAUCCGAACGACGACAUUGUGGAGCUGGAGCUGAUUGACGUAUCGACCAGCGAGGAUAUUAUGGUUUAUCAGCAGCUAGUGGACGAAGGGCGAGCCGUGUUGACUAGUAAGUAAGUUUUUUAUUCUGAAGCAAACUGUCGAAACCGUUGGCCGUCGGUUGGCAGGCUCACUUUCUACGCGUACGCUGCGUAGAAUCGCUCAGGGUUAUCGAGCGCACCAAUCGACGGACUGCGUAGAAACGAAGAAUCAAGACGAAAUUCAGGGUGAUAUUGCCACCAAGUUGCCUUAAAGCCGACUUAUAAGAAAAGUUGAAGUUUUUGACGAGAUUUUUUUUUAUGUCUAUUAACAAUACUCUCGAAGUUAAAAGUAAGACCUAAAAUAUUUAAUAAAAUAUUAACGAAUGUGCUAACUUGAAUCGAUAUACACAAUAUACAUUCCAUUAUGUAUGCUAACGAGCGCGAACAAUCGCAAGCAAAACAAGAAGCAAUAUAAACAAUCACUCCCAGAAUUGCCAAAUUGCUUCGCUUUCGAGUGAAGAAAUGAUAUCCAAGAUAUAUUUAUGUAGUUGUUAACGGUACCUUUACACAUCGCAGCUGUGUAGUCGAGAAACAAUUGGAAACUGAAUGUGAUUAAUCUAUGAUAGAAAAGUUUAAAAUUAAAGCGGUUAAGUGUUGAUAUGGGAUAACACAGAUACAUUUUUCCGGGUGAUGGUAAAUUGAAAGCAAAGUUGGGAUCUUGGUGUGAUUGUAGCUAGAAAUUAACAGAAAAAAAAUAUUUUGCCGUCUUCAUUUAACCUAAUCCACACGCAAUCACCAUACUAACGAGUUCCGUUGUGUCUCACUUUAUCGUUACACGGUUUUAUUGUGUCUGCAUGAUAUACUUUAAAUAUUAUCCUCGUGCCUUUGAAAAUAAAACGAAAAGCAUAUUUAGGCAUCACAUAUGUUUCGCCCAACAAAAUA